UGGCAACGCCGCCGGCGUACAGCCAUAACCUCAAAAACAUGCAAGCAUUAGAGCUUGAAAAACGAGGUGGAUAGUUGCUGUAAACAAACAAUAACAUUCAAGAUGCAAAACUCAAGCGGUGAACAGUUACAAAUUCGCCUCAUCACCAAGCAACAACAUUUUGCAGUCCCUGAUGUUCCACUAUCUGUUCCUGCGACUGUCGACACGACAGCCCUAAACGAUUUGGUCAACCAGUUGAUCAAAGAAACAAAUUCAGAUUAUUUGAAGCCCAAAGAAUUUGACUUUCUUGUUUUUAAUGAACUAUUACGGGUACCAUUAGUGGAACACUUACAGGAGAGGAAUGUUUCAUCUGAAACCACUGUUGACAUUGAAUAUGUGGAAAGAACGCCCGCCCCAGAACCUCAGGACUCCAUUUUACACGACGAUUGGGUUUCCUCAGUCAAAACCUUAGACAAAUGGAUAUUAACAGGUUGUUAUGACUCUUCAGUAAACAUAUGGACGACACAUGGAAAAAUUGUGGCAAGCAACAAAGAACACAAGAAUGUUGUCAAGUGUGUGUCUUGGUUAGACCAAAACGACCCUUCUAAAGGCUUUGUGAGUGUGUCACAUGAUUUGGUAGGGAUCAUUUGGUCCUGGGAACCGGGAACAGUUGAUGUGGUGCCAAAGGUGGCACUAAGGGGACAUGAAAGGGGAAUAGACAGCGUCGGAGUUAGUCCGAAUGCCGCCAAAAUUGCGACGGGUGGUUGGGAUACUAAUUUAAAAAUCUGGCAAGCUUCCCUUGAGGACGAGACUGGAGAACCUGCACACAAAAAAUCCAAGGGUGGAAGGGACCUUCUUAUAAGGACACCAUUGAACACACUAAAAGGACAUAAGGAAGCUAUUUCUUCUAUUAAUUGGGUGGACAAUUAUGUUGUUUCUACUGCUUCAAUGGACCACACAAUCAAACUUUGGGAUGUUGAGUUGUGUGGCAUCAAAAACGAAAUAAUUGGUCAAAAAGCCUAUUUAAGCGCCUCUUGGUCACCUCUAACAAACAUGUUACUUGCAAGUUCAGCAGACAGACACAUAAGACUUUAUGACCCACGAUCCACAGAAGGUUCUCUUUGCAAAACCACUUUUACAUCUCACAGUUUGUGGGUCAGUAGUGUCGCCUGGUCCAAGUAUGACGAACAUUUAUUUAUGUCUGGUGGAUAUGAUUCAGAUGUUAAAUUAUGGGAUACUAGAAGUCCUAAAGCACCUUUGUAUAAUUUACAAGGGCAUGAAGGCCAGGUUUUAUCUGUUGAUUGGUCAAAUAAUAAAUAUUUGAUUUCUGGAGGAUGUGAUAACAGUGUACACGUUUUUAAAAAUAAACACAUGCAAUAAAAACA